CCAAGUCGGCAGAAGGGUGUUUAUCUAUUUAAAGAGAAAAAAGAGAUAACAGAGGGUAUCAAUCCAUUAAUCAAAUCAAAAGGAUUGAGAGCUGCGAAAAUGCUUAGGAGCGGCUGCAGCAGGAUUCUAGGGUUAGGGCAACAGGGCAAGCAGCCACAAUCGCAGGCCCUUCUUCGUUUCUAUCAUGAGAGGGUGGUGGACCAUUACAAUAACCCCCGCAACGUGGGAUCCUUCGACAAGAACGAUCCCGACGUCGGCACUGGCCUCGUUGGCGCUCCAGCUUGCGGUGAUGUCAUGAAGCUUCAAAUCAAGGUCGAUGAUCAAACCGGAAAGAUCGUCGAUGCUUGCUUCAAGACCUUCGGUUGUGGAUCCGCCAUCGCCUCUUCCUCUGUUGCCACGGAAUGGGUGAAAGGCAGGCAAACGGAGGAAGUUCUAUCCAUAAAAAAUACGGAGAUUGCCAAACAUCUCUCUCUUCCUCCAGUGAAGCUGCACUGCAGCAUGCUUGCUGAGGAUGCAAUUAAGGCAGCUGUCAAAGAUUAUGAAGCUAAGCGAGCAAAGACUGAGAAGGCUGUUGAAGGCUGAUUAUAGUGCCAAGUGCCACUAAGUAGUAAAGAUACUUGAAGGAUUAUGACCUGUCUGUGAACAGGGGAUGGUACUUUGUGUAAAUUGCCUUAAAACUUGUUUCUAAAGUUUCAUGUAUGGAUAACUAGACAGUAAGGGGUUUCUUCCUUUAGCAGGUAUGGGUCAUGUAUACAUGUUUGUGCAUGGAUGUUUUCUACUCUCCCAAUCUUAAUAAUAAUAAUUGGUAACUGAGAAUUCUCAUCUUA